AUGAGAGGCGGUUGGGUAACCUCGUCCGUGGUUCUCGCUUCAUUGGUGGUACUGAGUGGUGCGGUUUCUGGUUGGGACUUCAAUUCGUCACUUGAGGUCAAGCGGGACAGUUUCCAGGACUACUUCUUGUUGUACUCUGGGGAUGGUAAUGGGUCGAACGCACUUUUCGGGCAGUUUGUUUGUAGGUUUUUGAAAAUUUUUAAAAUUUUGAGGAAGACAAGAUACUGUAUUUUAGAUUUUAAAAAAGUUUUGCCAUUUUUUACUUUGUAAAGAAAGUUCUUGCCAUUUCUUGUUUUGUAAAGAAAGUCCUUGCCAUUUUUCAGUUUGUAAAGAAAGUUCUUGCCAAUUUGUAUAUGAAAAGUCAAAAGUAAGCCUUGCGCAACCUGCAAGUGACAAGUUAUACGAUGAAUAAAUUUUUUUUGUAAAAAAAGUUCUUGCCAUUUUUUGUUUUGUAAAGAAGGUUCUUGCCAUUUUGUAUUUCAGCCAACGGGGUAUGUCAGCAGCUGAUAGAGAUUGGACACUCGUCAGACAAGAAGGAAAAGUUUUAUUUGUACGCUCAGCCCAACUUCAAUCAACCGGAUCUCUUCAAUGCGGUCAUCGUCUUGGAUCAGAAGCAUGUGCAUAUCGUCGAGCAGAAGUAAGUUAUUUUAAAGCAACUUUAUCGUAAGGGGGCUUAUGGUACAUACCAUACAGUAAAAAAUGGUAUGUGAUAGCUUACAGUAUGUAGAAUACUUGUAGUAGGUACUAUACUGUAAGUAUGAUGUGUACCAUACUGUAAUUAACCUAACAAAUCAUAACUAAUUAUACCUACGAUGUCUUUACUUGUAAUAUCUAUUAAUAUACUAUCAUACCAUACUAUCAGAUAUACUAUCCAAUCUCUUUCAAUUUCAGUGGUACAGUAACCACCCUACCGUACUCGUCGGCCAAAGACCUGAUCUUUGAAAGUUUUUUCUACAAAAACUUUUUCGUCCUCAACGAGACUACAGUAAUCGUGGAAGAAAAGAAUGGUACCAACUCUUUAGAUGGUACGAGCCUUUUAGAAGGUGUCAUCUCUUCAGAUGGUACCAAUUCUUCAAACGGUACCAGUUCUUCGUACGUCAUGAAACGGCUGGAUGAUGUGGUGAGUGUCAUUGAAGAAAGGGAUAAUAUCAAAAAGUGUGUAAGUGGCCAAGUGGGACCACAAAAGACCUGUGUCAUAGAUGUCAGCACAGAGAACGACACAUUGGUAUGGCAGUAUCGUGCAAAAGAAAGCGGCAAUUAUCCUGUUACUUUCAAUGGAUGGACCUUCAGAUCGUGAGUUUUCAUGAAACUUUUAUUUUAGUCUUAAAAUGUUGCUUAGAAAGGUCAUUUUAGGCUGGAAAAUAUCACAUUAUAUUGAAAAUGUCAUUUUAAGGUUAAAAAUGUAACUUUAAACUUUAAAAUGACAGUUUAGGCUUAGAAAUAUCAUUUUAGGCUUAGAAAUCGCAUUUUACGCUUAAAAUGUCAUUUUAGGCUUAGAAAUGUCACCGUAGGCUUAUAAAUAUCAUUUUAGGCUUAAAAUGUCGUUUUAAGCUUAGAAAUAUCGUGUUAGGCUUAGAAAUAGCAGUUUAGGCUUAGAAACGUCUUUUUAGGCUUAAAAGUGCCGUUUUAGAUCUCAGGCUUGAAAAUACCAUUUUAGCCUGAAAUGUUGUUUUAGGCUUAGAAACGUUGUUUUAAGUUUAAAAAUGUGAUCUUAAGAUAAGAAAACCCAUUGUAGGCUUAUGAAUAUCACAUUAGGCUUAAAAAUUGCAUUUUUCAUUAAAUUUCAUUUUAGGCUUAACUGUUAUUUUAGGUUUGUGAACGGAACCGAUUAUGCACUGUGCAAUACGGAAACGGAAGAUUUCUUCUCUGAUCCGAAUGCCACUUUGAUUGAAUGUCCGCAAAGAGAUGGCAACUUACAGGUUCUGUCCUUCACUCCAUUGUUCAACGCUCAGGACCCUUUCUUUGUCAACUGUGAGUUUGAAAUUAAAAAAAUUUAAAUUUAAAAAAAAAAUUUUAAUUUUAAAAUUCCAGAUAGUGCACCAUUCCACUAUGUCUCGACUACGCCCGGCCCUACCAGUACCAGUGUUGAGACGACGACCGACGGCAACAGUACCGAACCACCAGUACCACCACAUACGGGCGGUACAACUGAAACAACUGGCAAUUAUACUGAAGUCACUGCCAACUAUACUGUAGUACCAACUACAGUACCAUCAAAUAAGACUGACGUACCAUCGAAUGUCACCGUGGUACCACCCGGACCAACCGAUCCUACUGGAGAGCCGACUAGUACUACCAAUGACCCUAGUGGUCCUACUGAGAAGCCAAGUGAUACUACGACUGGUAAACCUCAUCCAACUCAGCCCCCAGUCCCUCCCAAAACUCAUACGCCUGCACCGCCCGCAACUUCGACCGGUACCACUAGUACUGAAUACACUAGCGGACCAGUCGCCGCAGCUAUGGGCCACUUCCCAGCUCUUACUGCCAUCGCCGGUGUCGUCAUGUUGUUGGUUUGUGGAGUGUUGUAG